CCUUUAUAUAACCCCCUUGGUUAAUAUAAACAUUAACCAAGGCCCCCUUUUUCUCCCCGUUUUCCCAGCACUCUCCAGUGCCAGCUACCAGGGCUGGGAGUUCCUGGCCGUGUUCCCACAGAACAACGACGAGUCCCCCAGCAUGUACCUGCAGCUGCUGCUCACCUCCUAUGGCCCUGCUGACACCCAAGUGUCAGUGACGCUCUGUUGCGGCUCCAUCACCUGGAACAUCACCCUGAGGCCAGAUGUCACUGUGCCCUUGCCCUUUCCUGCUAGCCUGGAACGUGAUGGAAGCCACACUUCCCAUAAAACCUUGGUGGUUGAGGCCAGUGCUGACAUCUCUGUGACGUCUGUCGGCACCAAUGGCUACACUGUGGGUGCCACUGCCCUCCUGCCUAUGGAGAGCCUGGGCACCAGGUACUAUGUGUGACACCGGUUGGCAACUAAACUUAUGGCCUGACUGAGUUUGUGGUGGCCACCGACCCCACCACCAUCACUAUUAGCAUCACCACCAGCACCACUUUCCACUGUGCUGGGGUGGGGCCACAUAUGUCCCCGUUGCUGUGCUCCACCUAUUCCUGCAGCCCUAGCAUAGCCUGCAGCUCCAGAGCAGCCAGGACUUCACUGGAACAAUUGUGGUUGUCCUCAGUGGCCACACCUGUGUCAAGGUAUCUGUUGGCUUUGACUUUGUGGUGGAGCAGUUCCUCCCAAAGACAGUGUGGGGGAGGAGCUACGUGUGGCCGCCCAACCCACUGCAGACAGAGGCUGACUUCGUUUAUGUGGUGACGCAUGAAGACAACACCAUCAACUGCAGCACCGGGAGCAGGAAUGCCACUGUGGCCAUGGCGGUAGGGGAGGUGCAGAUGUUCGUGGUGAACUGUGGGGUGCAGAGGUUCAGGGACAUCACACCAUAACCAAUAUGGUCCAGUGAAGCCAAAUUUAUUAUUCCUAAAAGGGCUAUAUUUAUAAUAAGUUUCUACUGUUUACGUGUCUAUAGCUAAUACAUGAUUGGUUAAUCCUAGCUGUUCACGCGUCUAAAAUAGAAUGCUGAUUGGAUCAGCUAAUUUUUCACACGUCUUGCUGUGGUUGUCUGGUCCGCCCAUGGCUUCUCUUUUUUCUCCCUUUCUCAAGCUUGCUGACAAACUUGGUGAGUCCUGAUGACUCUUCUUCUUGUAUCUUUUUCAAGGACAUACUGACUCCAUUUCUGAAUAUGUCCAUUAUCCAUUGUUUGUGAACGUGUCCAUUAUCCAUUAUUACAAGCAGGCUGGAUUGUGCAUCAGCUGAACGUGGCCAUUGUCUUGCAAAAAAUCCUCAACCUGCAGAAAAUCCUCAACAGUGAACCGUAACUCCCACCCGAACAUCAGUGCAUAGUGGCAGUGCAGGUGGUGUUUUUCUUCAGUGGGUCAUCUUGGCAAGAUCCCUUCUUCCUUGUUGUCCCACCUGCCACCGCCCAUUGCCCUGCAUUCCGCUUUAGCAGUGUGCCCAGCCAGUACAGCCAUGCCAUCCUCAUUGCACCCGCCACUGCCACCACCACCCUCACCCAUUGGCCAGACAACACCAUGGCAUGGCAGGCCAUUCCUGGCACAGAUUUCUCCUGGGCCAGCAUCACCAUGAGUGCAGUGAUGCAGAGUGCUGAGAACUCACAGGUGUCCAUUGGGCUCCUGGUGUUUGGGUUCCAGACUCACACUGGAUAUGGUUUCCUGGGGCUCUGUGCUGCCAGUGAAUACAGUCAGUCCAUUGUUGUGUCACCCCAAUGGCUGGGUGUUGUGCAGUUGACCAUUAAUGGGUUUUCCCCUUUUUUUCAGUCCCCACACCAGUCUCCUGUGAGGAUUUUGGUAUGUGAGGAGAGGUGUGAGAUGGUGGCUGGACCAACCAGAGUGCAUCCAGGAGACUUUCUCCACCUGUUGGCUCUCUGAUGGGCCACACCACUGCAGUUUUGAUGAAAAACCUUUGAUUUCAUGGGAGCAUGUGCCUACACCUUGACCACCAUCUGCAAUCCUGAUCCCACCUUUCCUGCUCUCUCUCUUGCGGUCAAAAAGGAGGAAAAGGAGAACUCCAAAGUUUCCUGCAUCGGCUCCAUCACCAUCCAAGUCGACAACAUGACUGUCACUGCUGUCCAGUCAGAGAAUGGGAUGGUGAGGGUGAGCAACCACCACUUGUGCCUCCCCAUUUUCCUCUCCCACGGGAAGGUCCACAUCCACCGGAAGGGUAAAUCCACGUUGAUCCAAUCAAAUUUCAAGCUGAAGGUCCUCUACAGCUGGGAUGAUCAUGUAGUGAUCAAACUUCCAGCUCCUCUUUCUAGAAACAACUGCGGAAUGUGUGGGAACAACAAUGGGGAUCCCCAGGAUGACACUCUCUCUCCUGAUGGAAAACAAGUGUGGGAUAUUGUGGAGUUUGGGUGGAGCUGGAAGGCGACCAGUGAGAGUGGCCACUGCCAGGACAUCUGUGAUGGUGACUGUGGGCGGUGCAGAUGGGACCAGGUGCAUUCUACACGCAAGGCAGAGACCUGGUGUGGGAAGUUGUCCCAACAUUCUGGGCCAUUCCAGUCGUGUCAUGACACUAUCAGUCCCAAUAUCUAUGUGAAGAACUGUAUCUAUGACCUGUGUGCCAAUGAGGGGCAUCGCAAUGCCCUGUGCCAUUCUUUGAGAUCUAUGCUGAUGACUGCCAGGAGGAGAGGAUCAGUGCUUCCCACUGGAGGAAACAGCUGGAAUGUUCUCUCACUUGCCCGCCCAACAGCACCUACAGCACUUGUGGCCUCGCCUGCCUCCCUAUCUGCAACAUCCCUGCUGUGUCAUCCAGCUGUGCUGCUGUCACCACCUGUGUGGACACCUGCGUGUGCCACGAGAGCCUUGUCCUUGAUGCCAACACCUGAAUCGCCCCUUCUGAAUGUGGCUGUGUCAUUCAGGGUUUCUUCUAUGGCCUUGGCGAGGAAUUUUGGUGUGACCUGACUUGCAUCCAACACUGUGUGUGUGACAGCGGCAGACAGUGUGCCGGGAUUCUGGUUAUGGCACUGAGGAGGGACGCUGGGUGGAGGAGAGGAUCCAGGAUUGUUAUCCCAAAAUUUUUGGGGUCUGCACUGCUGUUGGAGCCACCCACUAUGAGACCUUUGAUGGCAAGGGGUUCAUCUUCCAGGGCAUGUGUGUGUCCUACCUGUUGGUAGGGUUGUGUGAGGAAACUCAAAAUUUGGUGGGAUGCCAGGUGUUGGAUGCAGAAAGGCAACCUUAGUGACAGCCUUGUGUCAUCCAUCACUGUGGUGACAGUCAAAGUCUACAACAAGACCAUCAGCAUCAGCAGGGAACAUCCUGGAAAAAUCAUGGUGAGUUUAGGAAAUGAUCCCUUAUCUUUUCACCACACUGUCCACCUCAUCCCAAACCUCA